AGGACCAUGCAGACCCUGAGACCGUGCUGCUGUCCUUCCUCAGAGAGAAGCUGAGGUUAACUGGAACCAAGUAUGGCUGUGGCGGUGGAGGCUGUGGGGCGUGCACAGUCAUGGUGUCACGCUACCAACCUGCCACCAAAACCAUCAUGUAUCCUUUACGAUAGACUACGUGACCCUACUGCUCGACUCUGAUUGGCUCAUAAGUCAUUUUAAUAUUACGGCACUGACUGAAAAUCACAACCAUGUAGCCUAUCUGGUAUUUAAGAACUGUACACAGCUUUAUUAUGUGCCAAACUAGUAUUAAUAGUAAGUAUUUUGGAGUAGAGACUAGCACUGAUUCCCAAUUCAACACUGUUUACUGUUGUUCAGUUCAGGAGGUGGACCCAAAGCCGACAAUACACACGGAGAUGGGGGAAUGAACGAAAAAUGACUUUAUUACUUAAUACGGAGAAUCACAGAGACGCUGGAAGAACGCAGGACACAUGGUACAACAACGAAAGAAAAGACACAGACUUAAUGCACUCAGAAAAGGAUAAAAGAUGUACAUGGAUGGCUGUCAAUCAGGGGUAUGCAAUAUGACAACAUAUACCAUGAGACGAAACUAAAUGGAGCUCUCUGCCCAGGAAGCUAUACUUAACCCUGUGAAUCUAUUCACCUGAGAUUGUCAUCAUUUCCCGGAAACUAGCUAAAUAGCAGACUAAUCAUCUCUGUGUGGACGAACAGCUACUUUUAAAUAUAAAUGUCAGUAAAUUUCUGGAGCUGGACGAGAGAGUCUGAAGAGGUUAUUGACUGAAAACAUGAAGUGAUUCAUGAGGUGAUUCUUAUUUUUGCUAGCCAUUAUUUAACAUCACUCCUUCUUCAAUGUACACUGUUUCCAUGUUUUAGAGGAUGGCUACUCUUCUGUUUAGGUCUGAAUUCGGCAUUGGUUAUUUUAUAAAAAAAUGUUAAUUGUAGUUUUUUGAUUUGGGGAAUUUAAGGGAACCUUCCUCUGCAGUGUAUAUUAAAUGUAACCUACUGGCAUAAAAAUCAUGAUUUUAAAUGGGAAGCUAAAAAACCUGAGACCUUAUGACAAAAUACAUUUCUGUUACUAGUGUUUCUGAUUAAAGCUGCAGGCAAACUGUCAUAUCUAUGUCCAUAGAGUGCUUGGGAGAUAUUUAUACAUUAUUAACAAACAGAAAAUUCCUCCUUGAUAGAGACACAGCUGUCAGGGAGCGGACUGGCGAUAAAAACGUCCAAGUUUGCUUAGCUGCCGCCAAGCUUCACGGAGCCGCCGUCACCACGGUGGAGGGCAUCGGCAGCACCAAGACCAGGAUCCACCCUGUACAGGAGCGAAUAGCGAAGGCUCAUGGCUCCCAGUGUGGCUUCUGCACUCCAGGGAUGGUGAUGUCCAUGUACACUCUGCUGAGGAACAAACCUCAGCCCACCAUGGAGGACAUCACACAGGCUCUGGCUGGUAAUCUGUGUCGUUGUACUGGAUAUCGACCCAUUGUUGACGGCUGCAGGACGUUCUGUCAGGAAGCCAACUGCUGCCAAACCAACGGAGCGGGAAACUGUUGCCUCAAUGGAGAAGAAAAUACUGAUGAACCAGAGCAUGAAAAGCCACAGUUGUUUGACAAGGAAGAGUUUCUGCCACUGGACCCGACACAGGAGCUGAUCUUCCCUCCUGAACUGAUUCUGAUGGCAGAAACGGCUAACCCACAAACACUCACCUUUCACGGGGAGAGGAUGAGCUGGGUGUCCCCUGCCUCCCUGGAGGAGCUAGUCCAGCUCAAGACCAGUAACCCUAAAGCCCCGCUGGUCAUGGGAAACACCAACAUAGGUCCAGAUAUAAAGUUCAAAGGCGUUCUGCAUCCGCUGAUAAUAUCUCCAACCAGAGUUAUGGAGCUGUUUGAGGUCACUCAGACACCACAGGGUGUUUGGGUGGGAGCGGGCUGCAGUCUUACCGAGGUUCGAUCUCUUUUGGAGAAGCUGGUUCCUCAGUUUCUGGAGGAGAAGACCGAACUAUUCAGAGCCCUGAUCCAACAGCUGGGGAACCUGGGAAACCAGCAGAUCCGAAACGUUGCUUCUCUUGGGGGCAACGUCAUGAGUGCGUACCCAAACUCAGACCUGAACCCAGUUUUGGCUGCCGGGACCUGCAAAGUGAGCGUUGUUUCGAACAGAGGAAGACGAGAGGUUAAUCUGAAUCAAGAUUUCUUUGUGAGCUUUGGAAAAACCAUCCUGAAGCCGGAGGAGAUUGUUGUUUCUGUCUUCAUUCCCUUCUCCAGAAAGUGGGAGUUUGUUCGAGCUUUCCGUCAGGCUCCGAGGAAGGAGAGCUCCUUUGCCACAGUGACGACCGGGAUGAGAGUGUUUUUCUCAGAGGGGUGCAGAGUGGUUCAGGAUGUCAGUAUUUACUACGGAGGAAUGGGGCCGACCACCGUUAGCGCCGCCAAAACCUGCGCAGCUAUCGUCACAAAGCCCUGGAACGAUGAGACCCUCAGCCGGGCCUAUGACAUCCUCCUGGAUGAGUUGGUUCUCCCUCCUUCGGCUCCUGGGGGAAAGGUGGAGUUUCGUUGCUCUUUGACACUCAGCUUCCUCUUCAAAUUUAACGUGGAGGUCCUGCAGAAGCUCAGAAAAAUGAAUGUGAUUACAGAUGAGCUUCCUAAGAAGAUGCAGAUCCAGCCUUUACCCAGAGAGAUCCAGUCCAGCCUGCAGGAGUUCCAGCAUGUGUCAAAGGGCCAGAGCGACAACGACCCAGUGGGGCGUCCCAUCAUGCAUCGCUCUGCCGUCAGCCAGGCCACAGGCGAGGCCGUGUACUGUGACGACAUCCCCAGAACAGACGGGGAGCUCUUCCUGGCUCUGGUCACCAGUUCUCAAGCGCAUGCUAAAAUCACAGGGAUGGAUGUGAGCGAGGCUCUGCGGCUUCCCGGCGUCGUCGAUGUCAUCACAGCCAAAGAUAUUCCUGGGAAGAAAGUCCGUACAAUGUUUGGUUAUCACGAGGAGCUGCUUGCUGAGAGCGAGGUGUCAUGCGUUGGUCAGAUGUUAUGUGCGGUGGUCGCUGAUACGAGGGCGCACGCCAAACGAGGAGCGGCAGCUGUGAAGAUCAGCUAUGAAGCCCUGCCUGACCCGGUUUUUACCAUAGAGGAAGCCAUUGAGAAGUCGUCUUUCUUUGAGCCUCAGAGGAGGAUUGAGAGAGGAAAUGUGACGGAAGCCUUUAAAACUGUUGAUCAAGUUUAUGAAGGAGAGAUUCGAAUGGGUGGCCAGGAGCAUUUCUACAUGGAGACCCAGAGCAUGCUGGUUGUUCCUGUUGGUGAGGAGAUGGAGUUCAACGUUUAUGUUUCCACUCAGUGGCCGACAUUAACUCAGGAUGUAAUUGCGGAGACACUGGACAUCCCGUCCAACAGAGUCACCUGUCACGUCAAAAGGAUUGGUGGAGCUUUCGGCGGGAAGGUCACUAAAACUGCGAUACUGGCUAGUAUUACAUCUGUAGCUGCGUGGAAGACCAAUCAUGCAGUGCGCUGCGUCCUGGAGCGAGGCGAGGACAUGUUGAUCACAGGAGCUCGUCACCCUGUCCUGGGAAAAUACAAAGUGGGUUUCAUGAAUGAUGGAAGGAUUGUGGCUGCAGAUAUCCAGUACCACACCAAUGCUGGCAACACUGUCGAUGAAUCUGUUCUGGUAGUAGAAAAAAUUCUGCUUCACAUGGACAACGCCUACAACAUCCCCAACCUGCGGGGCCGUGCUGCCGCCUGCAGGACCAACCUGCCCUCCAACACCGCCUUCAGGGGCUUCGGCGUGCCGCAGAGCAUCAUGAUCGUGGAGAACAUGGUCAACGACGUGGCCAUGGUGCUGGGUCGCCCAGCAGACCAGAUUCGGGAGAACAACAUGUACAAGGGGCCGUCAGUCACCCACUACAAGUUUGAGUUCAGCCCAGAGAACAUGCUGCGCUGCUGGGAGGAAUGUAAGGUCAAAUCUGACUACAGGGCCCGCCGCAGAGCUGUCGACCAGUUUAACCAGCAGAACCGCUGGAAGAAGAGGGGGAUGUCCAUCAUCCCCAUUAAAUAUGGGAUUGCAUUUGCAGAAAGCUUCUUAAAUCAGGCUGCAGCUCUGGUUCACAUCUAUAAAGACGGCUCUGUUCUGGUCACUCAUGGCGGGACGGAGAUGGGUCAGGGAAUCCACACUAAAAUGCAACAGGUGGUGAGUCGGGAGCUUCAUAUCCCGCUCUCUAAGAUCUACAUUAGUGAAACCAGCACCAACACUGUUCCCAACACCUGCCCCUCUGCUGCCUCCUUCGGUACUGACGCCAAUGGCAUGGCGGUCAAGAAUGCCUGCCAGACUCUGUACCAGCGACUGGAGCCAAUCAGGCAGAAGGACCCCAAAGGAUCAUGGGAGAGUUGGAUCACGGCAGCAUUUUUUGACAAAAUCAGUUUAUCAGCUACAGGAUUCUACAGAGGUCCAGACCUUCACAUGGACUGGGACAAGAUGGAGGGGCAGCCUUACGCUUACUUUACAUUCGGAGCGUGUUGCUGUGAGGUGGAGCUGGACUGCCUCACAGGAGACUACAGGACGGUGAGGACAGACAUUGUGGUCGACAUCGGUAGAAGUGUGAACCCCUCUGUAGACAUCGGCCAGAUUGAAGGAGCGUUCAUGCAGGGUUUGGGUCUCUACACUCUGGAGGAGUUGAAGUUUUCCCCCUCUGGGCUCCUGUACACUCGAGGUCCAUCUCAGUAUAAGAUCCCUGCGGUCUGCGAUGUGCCGCUUCACUUCAAUGUUUAUCUGCUGUCAGACUCCCACAACCCCCAUGCCAUCUACUCCUCUAAGGGUAUUGGAGAACCCAUCCUCUUCCUGGGCAGUUCAGUGUUCUUCGCCAUCAAAGACGCCGUGGCUGCAGCCCGCUCAGAGUCCGGGUUAGUCGGCCCGUUUUCCCUGGACAGCCCUGCGACACCAGAGAGGGCCUGUCUGGCUUGUGCCUCCCCGUUCACUCAGAAGAUUCCAGCCAGCAAACCAGGAUCUUUCAAACUGUGGGCCUUAAACAUCUAAAACUAAAUCUGUUUUUUUUUUUCUCUAUUUGAUCAAACUAAAGCUAGACUGACAAUAAUACUAAUUAUAACUAAUAGCUAUUUUAUAUACUAUAUACACUACCGCUCAAAAGUUUGGCGAUCUCGAGUCACGCUUUUCUGGAUUGCAAAACAAAUUAGAAAUCGAAGAGUAUUUGGGGGAAAAACAUGUCACGCAACACUGUGGGGACAUCGACUGAACGGAAAUUUAAUCAUUUAAUUAUUCUAAAACUAUUUCAAAUGUAAAUAAUACAUUUGGUGUAUAAUUAUAGUGUUUUUAUCUAUGUUAAAAUAACCAUUAUUGAAGGAAAGAAGAAAAUCAUCAAUUUAACAGGUGACUCCAAACUUUUGAGCAGUAGUGUAUAUAAAAUAUAUACUCUAUAACUUUUUUUUUUUUACAUGUAUUUUCAUUUGUAACAGUGUGUAAUGUGAAAUGAAUGUGCUCUUAUCCUACAGUAUCACUAUUUCAAUAGCAGAAGAAUAAACGAUUAAACAGUUAUUAAAUACAUUAAAUAAA